GACUCUUCUGAACCUGAGACUGAUGACAGUGCUGAUUGGAAGGAGACCAGAGAACCUCAGUCAGCUUUAAACUCUCUGAAACAUGAUUCAGUAUUUAAAAAGAAUUUCAGCUGUUCUCAGUGUGGGAACAAAUUUAGCACCAAGCCACACCUGAAGAGACACAUGAGAAUCCACACAGGAGAAAAACCUUUCAGCUGCUCUGAGUGUGGUAAAUCUUUCUCUGAUAGUGGAACCCUGAAGAAACACAUGAUGACUCACACAGGUGAAAAACCUUUCAGCUGUUUAGAUUGUAAGAAAACAUUUUUAAUGUCUAGACAUUUACAGUUGCACAUGAUAAUCCACACAGGAGAAAAACCUUUCAGCUGCUCAGUCUGUAAGAAAUCUUUUACACAGAGUGGAAGUUUACGGAUACACAUGAGAACUCACACAGGAGAGAAGCCUUUCAGCUGCUCUGAGUGUGGUAAAGCUUUCACUCAUAGUGGAGCCCUGAAGAACCACAUGAGAACUCACACAGGAGAAAAACCUUUCAGCUGCUCAGUCUGUAAGAAAUCUUUUACACAGAGUGGAGAUGUACGGUCACACAUGAAAACUCACACAGGAGAGAAGCCUUUUAGCUGCUCAGUUUGUAAGAAAUCUUUUACACGGAGAGGAGGUUUACGAUCACACAUGGCCAUAGUCCACACAGGAGAGAAACCUUUCAGCUGCUCAGUCUGUAAGAAAUAUUUUACACAGAGAGGACAUUUACAGUCACACAUGGCAGUCCACACAGGAGAGAAAAGAUUCAGCUGCAGUGUUUGUAACAAAAGAUUUGCCUGGCGUUAUGAUGUCAAAAGACAUAAAUGUGUUGGUCUGAUGGAAACAGAAGCUGAUGGAGAGGACUGUGGAGGACCAGAACCAGCCAGGAACUCACAUCCACAUCCACUUUUACAACCAGAGAAUGAAGACCAGACUGGAGACUCUUCUGAACCUGAAACUGAUAACAUGGAAUUAGGGCCAAAACGAUUCCUCAAGUAACUCAAAUAAUUCAAAUUACUUUGCAAAAUGAUUGGCCUCGAAGCUUUGGUUAAUUAAUGUUACCAACGUUUUAUCGCUCAUGGUGUUUCCGCUUGGAGGAUUAUUACUGUCGCACAACAGGCUGACGCUACUGGUGGCACUUGCCAUGUAAAUAGUGAGGGAGGGGCUAAGAGAAGAGACAGGCUGGAGAAAACGACAGAAAGUGCCCAAAGUUUGGAAUCAGUUCAAACGUAAUUGAAACAAAAACUCUGUACAGUGUCUCUACUGCAAAAUGGAACUAGCUUACCACAAUAAAAGCACGACGUCAGUGCUUCAGCAUCUCAACAGAAAACAUCUGAGUCUAACUUAAGCCUCUAUUCCACGAAGGGGAUCCGACAAAAAUAAAUCAGUUGUAUUUGACGAUGAAACUACACCAAACACAACAACUACCAAAAACAAAGACAAGGAAAUACGUAGUGGUGACCACGAUCUGAUCUGAAGAGCCGACUUGUUGACUAUCCCUUUGGAAAAACAGCUGAUUGUUGCGCACCAUUUUCUCUCUCUAUCUCUCUCUCUAUCUCUCUUUCUUCAUGGAGAAAGAGCUGAUCAACGAUCUACUAGCAUAAGUGUAACAGAGCUGUGUGACAUUGUAAUCAAAUAUAUAAAUGAAAAUAGGUUGAGUAUAACUUAUAUACAUAUAGGCCUAUAUACAGAUCAGUCUCAGGUUGAAACUUGUAAUUCUGAAAUUUAAGUUGCAUAACUUAAUGUAAUGUUUAUGUUGGCGCUGGGCAACGAUUAAAAGUUUUAAUCGCAUGAUUUCCCUGAUUAAUCACGAUUAAUCGCCUUGUUAUAC